GAUCUGGCCUGUGACAAAGAUCUGCCCAGUGACUCCAGCUCUCUCAGCGCAGUGGUCUCAGAGGCCUUUGUGCGUUUCUUCGUGGAGAUGGUGGGCCACUACUCAAUCUUCAUGGGAGGGACAGAGCGGGACGACGAGUCCUUCUUUUCGCCCACCUUAGCCAGCCCCUCUUUUUCUUCCUCUCCCUCCUCAUCCUCAUCCUUUCAGCGUGAGGCCUUUCGCAAAGCAGUCACUUCCAAGAGCUUGAGGAGGUUCCUGGAGGUGUACAUGGAGACCCAGAUGUUUACUGGCUUCAUCCAGGAGAGGGAGCUGCGCAGACAAGGCCUCAAGGGCCUGUUUGAGGUAAGAGCUCAAGAGUAUCUGGAGUCACUUCCUGGGAGUAAGCAGAGAGGCGUGAACAAGUUCCUCAAGGGCAUGGGAAACAGGAUGAAAUUUAUUUCCAAAAGAUGAGACAUGGGAAGCUGUGACAGCAAGACACAGAAGAUGGACGCCCUAAACGUGGAGAAUUUUCACGCAGAUAUUAAUUAGGUCAGAACAAAUGAAGACUUCUGAACUGGACCCAUAGUUUUCAUGCAUGAAGACUACUGGGGGACGUUAAGAUUGAACUGGCUCUCCACCAGUGCUGUGA